AUGUUUAACGCUGAUGAUGGAAGAACUCGCAUCACAAAGAAGGACUCGACGUCCGAUGCCGAGUGCGUCUACUGUUCUGAUGGCCGAUCACUGGAAGAGCUGGUCGCCCUGACGGAGCCAAGUGUGCAGCUGCUGCACGGAAUGCUGCCGGUGACGGCAGAGGAUGAGUUGCAGUUUGCGCUGCACCAGUUCAUCGUCCACCACGGGCAUCAGAAUGGCAGUUUCUGUCCACUGGAGGAGGCCGCCAUCGAAGAGGGCCAGGAGGUGUUUGUCUGCGGACUGCUGAGGGCAGUCAUUGAGGAUGGUGAAGAAAGCGAAGACAAAAAUGAAGAAAAUGGCGUCCCCGUGAAGAUGAUAGGUCCAAUCAGCGAGUGGUGGUUCUCCGGCUUUGACGGCGGCACCGUCCUGGUGCUGGGCUUGGACAGCCACUACGCCAGCUACCACCUGCGGCAGGCACACCCCAGCUAUGAGCACCACUUUGCGCCACUCCGCCAGAAGAUGUACAUGACUAAGCACGUCAUCGAGUGCAUCGCCGCCAAUCCGUACUGCAACCUCGAGGAGGUCCUUGUUUCGACAGCUGAGCACCAAUCGAACUUUGACACUGAGGCCUUCCUUGGUUCGCUGCACUUCAUCACACGACAGAUCAGGGACUACGAUCUGCACGGCGAUCCGGAUGAGCUUCGCAUCUCGGAGACGCCUGUCUUCAAGUCGAUGCUGCAGUUGGCCAGCGCAGCAGCAGUGGUGGGCAGCAGUGGUUCAAAAACAGACAAUAACAGACAGAAGAGGAGCACUCUUCAACGGAAACGAAAGUUUCUCCACCACUUCAACACUCCAGUUUCUGAAGAGAUAUUCAAUGCAGUCUUUAGUGAUAUUUUGCAGCUCAGCAAGGGAGAUUUUGUUCAAUUCCAAACAGCAGAUGGCAAAAACACUUCAAUUCAAUUUGGCAGAAUUAUCAGCAUGGAUGAUGGCCAAGUGCACAUUAACGUUUUCAGUCUAGGAACUGAGACGCUGCUAGGCGAAGCUUCACCGCAACAAAUUCUCUUUGCCACCAAGGAGUGUUUGUACCUUCAGGAGAACUCUAAAAUGGUGGGCAUUUACGUUCAAAUUGGGCAGAGAGAUUUAUCAAACGCCAUUCCACAAGGACAAUUUUCCUGUUCUCAGCUUUUUGACGCAGAGUUGUGCUCAUUUAAAGAUUUACCCGCUGAGUACUUAAACUCAACUGAGCCAUUCUGUUUAGGAUGUCAUCAAAAGGAGAUGCAGUUGGCGACAGACAAAGAGAUACUGCACAAGGGAAUGUCAAUUCGAGCCGGUGACUGCGUUGCCUUUGAAGCACCGCUCGAUUUACCACUUUACGACUACUUUACCCAGCCAGUGAACUCUGAACCGUCUACAAACGCCGAACUGUAUCCAGAAAAGUACCGAAAAGCAUUCACUAAAGACAAUCUGCGAGACUGCUACCACUCCAAAGACCUCUCGCAAGUGCUUCAAAUUGGUUACAUUCGCAAAAUGGAAGCUACUCAACUGCAAGUGAACGUCUUUUAUCGCCCCCAAAAUGUGCAUCAAGAUUACCGGCAGUUCUUACAGUGCGACAUGAACCUGCUCUUUUGGACAGAUUCAGUCGCCAGAAUCGACGUGUCAACAGUGCGCCAAAAGUGCCAAGUAAUCUACUCACUUACCUGUCCUCCGGUUGAAACGCUCUACUUUAGACAGUUCUACAAUCACGAGCACCAGCAGCUUUAUGAGCCAUCAGACGAACUGAAACAGAGUUUUGCACAAAAACAGCAACAACAGGCAACGCUCAGCAAAUCACUGCGCAUCUUUGACGUCUUCUCCGGCUGCGGCGGCCUCUCCCACGGCUUUAAACCGCUGGCCAGCAAACUGUUUGCUCUGGAAAACGACCCUCACGCUGCCCGGUCUUUCCAGACAAACUUCCCCGAGGCGAUCGUCUUUAACACCGACUCAAACGUCUUUCUGGAGCAGCUGACGAAGACGGCAAAAUCUUCCGACCACUUCAUCGCCACCCACUUGCCCAGAGAGGUGGACCUGCUCAUCGGUGGGCCGCCGUGCCAGGGUUUCUCUGAGAUGAACCAUUUCUCCACCGGGGAACGGUCGCUGAUCACCAGCUCCCUGUUGGCCACCUAUCUCAACUACGUGGAGCACUACCGACCGCGGUGGCUGCUGCUGGAGAAUGUGCCCAGUCUGACGACGUACGGCGGUCCCAGUUCACUGCUGCUGAAGGUGCUGACCGCUUUUCUCCUCCGCCUCGGCUACCAACUUCGAGUGGCCGUUCUUCAGGCGGGCGCAUUUGGGCUGCCGCAGAAUCGGCGCCGCCUUUUCAUCAUUAGCGCCGCCGCUGGCCAACCGCUGCCGGCGCUGCCACUGCCCACUCACGCCUUUUCACACAAACAUCUCGACACCUCAUUUAAGGUGGGCGGAAGAAGGUACGAUCCGUACAGAGACAAGGGACGAGCGGGACUCUGUCGAAUGGUCACCGUAGAAGAUGCGAUUGCUGACUUGGAGGUGCUGGCCGAGGAGGACUACUUUGAGGAGAGGAGCAGGAGAUAUCGAGGUGAUGCUGCUGGCUCUCUGCUGCUGCACUACCAACGGAUGAUGCGCCUGCCAACAGGAAGAACUUCCGUGGAGGACCACUUGUGUAAGGAGCUGAGCCGGCUGAAUCGAGAGCGCAUUCGGCGCAUUCCGCCAGUGCCUGGCGCAGACUGGCGUGACCUGCCUAACCUUCAGCUCACCCUCGAAGACGGCACAGUCAUUCCCAAGCUAAACUACCGUCCUGGAGGGCGGAGUGUGUGCAGCUGUGGUGAUAAACCCAAAUCAUCCUCUUUGUCAACUGUGGUGCUUCACACUCGCCAGGAGCGGACGCUCAUUCCCUGGUGUCUGGUGCACACUGCCGAUCGCCGUCACCACUGGCCCGGUCUGUAUGGGCGGCUCGCCUGGCGCGGCUUCUGCCCCACCAUCGUCACCAAUCCGGAUCCGAUUUCAGUGCAGGGCCGGGUGCUUCACCCGCAGCAGCAUCGGGUGCUGUCAGUGCGCGAGAGUGCUCGCUCGCAGUCCUUUCCCGACGACUUUCGCUUCUGUGGACCGGUGGAGCACCGCUACCGGCAGAUCGGUAACGCCGUGCCGCCCCUUCUCUCCGCCGCGCUGGCCAAAGAGUUUGCCAAGUGUUUACGCUGA